GCCACAUAUUAUAUGGCGCUUUGUCAUAUGCAUGGGUAUGGUCCAGAACAGAAUAAAGAAAUGGCUUUAAGCAUUGCAACUUAUCUUCACAAAAGGAUAGAUAUGAAGAUGCUUGGAAUAUUUAUCGAGAAAUAG